AGUUUGUCUUUUCGUCAAACUUCGGGAACCAUCGGAGCGGAUAACGAGUGCGUCGCGGAGCAAUUAACCUCGAUUAAUGAACGAGUCCCCGACCGGUCCGGGUGUGUCGCAUCCUCCGCCGGGCGCCGCUGCCGCUGCUGCUGCCGGUGGUGGUCUUUGUAUGAACCGCGGCGGGGCAGCGGCCAGGGGUCCGGGGCUCCGCCAGCAGAGCCGGGCUACAGGAUGAGGAUGCCCCGGGGAGGACGCCUGUUCCUGGCGACGUGCCUCGGCUCGCUCUUCGUGCUCGUGCUUUACUUCCAGAGCAUCACCAAGCCAGAAGCUGCAGGAAAGAUGAGCAGCAGUCCGGGGAAGAGCAGGAGAAGUCCUCUGCAGACCCUCUACAAUGGAGACCAGCAGCUGGAUCUGUUGUCGGCUCAGAGGUCACUGCAGGGUCGCAGAGAGCUGCUGGAGCAGGCCUGUCUGAGCCACACCAAGAAGAGGAGGGUGCUCUCCCCUCCGGACCUCAAACACCUCAUCGUGGACGACAAACACGGCCUCAUCUACUGCUACGUGCCCAAGGUGGCCUGCACCAACUGGAAGCGCGUCCUCAUGGUCCUGACCAGCGACGGCCGCUACACCGACCCGCUGGCCAUCCCCGCCAACGAGGCCCACGUGGCGGGAAACCUCCGCACGCUGUCCGAGUUCUCGGUCCCGGAGAUCAACCGGCGGCUCCGCAGCUACCUCAAGUUCAUCUUCGUGCGGGAGCCGUUCGAGCGCCUGGUGUCGGCGUACCGGAACAAGUUCACGCGCAGCUACAACACGGCCUUCCACAAGCGCUACGGCACCAAGAUCAUCCGCCGGCACCGGGCCGACCCCGAGCCCGAGUCCCUGAAGCGGGGCCACGACGUGACCUUCCCGGAGUUCGUGCAGUACCUGGUGGACCCGCGCACGCAGCGGGAGGAGCCCUUCAACGAGCACUGGGAGCGCGUGCACUCGCUCUGCCACCCCUGCCUCAUCCACUACGACGUGGUGGGCAAGUACGAGACGCUGGAGCCCGACGCCCGCGCCGUGCUGCGCCUGGCCGGGGUGGAGGGCGCGCUGCAGUUCCCCACCUCCGGGAAGAGCACCCGGACGGACGGGGACAUGGCGGCGCGCUACUUCAAGCACAUCAGCCCCUUUUACCAGAAGAGACUCUUCAACCUGUACCGGAUGGACUUCCUGCUCUUCAACUACUCCACGCCGGAGUACCUCAGGACUCGCUGAGCAGCGGCGCCGCUUCAGGAGCAUUCUGCACUUUGGAGUUUCCCUGAACUCUGCGGCUCCACCUUCUGCGGCCAGUCGCUCGGACUCUAUUUAUUUCCACAUCUGGGCCCGACUGGGGGAAGAUGAAGGUGGACCUGGUGAACUGGGGUGGCAGUGCGAGGAGCCGGCUCUCCUCCCUCUGCUCCAGUAUUUAUGUCCGUCAGUGCGUCGACUAUUUAUUGUUCCACAUCCUCGGAGUGAAAAUGACUUGUUUUGUUUUUUUUACUUAAGACAACGUGGCUUUUUAUCCUUUCAAACCUUUUUUUUUUUGCACGUUAAAAUCUGCAACCGGGACGAGUGUGUGAGGAGGCUGGAGGCCUCGCGCUCUUCUUCUGUGGUGGACGAGCGGCGCUGAGCAAACACGCGCAUGCCUGUGGUCAGAGCGCCGUCACUGCUGCCCUUUGUGGGCUGUUUGCAGGCGGGCGUGUCGAGCGGUCGCCCCACCUGCCGCCGCACUGUGCACGCUCUGUUCUGCAGAGUCAACACGUCACGCUGCUGCUGGGAGUGUGUGUGUGUGUGUGUAUGCGAGAAUAAGUGUGUGUGAGAUCUGAUUUUAAACUUUACGAGCUGGAGCUCUGACCUUCAGCAGACCAACCUUUACAGUCGUCAGGUGGUUUUAUUAUAAACUACAUCAGCACUUAAAAGAAACAUUUCUUCUGCUGAUCAACGGGUUAGAAACACAAGACUGAAGAAAUCAGUAAAACUCUGCUCACUAAUUUAUUCAUCACCGUGACGAUUUCAACAUUAACAGCUGGAUUUGCAGGAUGUCGAAACGUGUUUGUUUAAAACUCUUCAAUUCCAAAUCUCUGAAUAUUACGAUCUUUUGUAACAACUGAACAAAGCCACAUUUUCUUUUAAAAAAAAAAGUGCAAUAUCCCAGUGUUGGCAGGCGCUUCUGUGCAUCUCAUUCAGACCCAUGUUUUUAUUAUCAGUCCUCUCCUGUGCCAUCGAAGCCAUAUCGAUAGCUGUGACUCACCAGACUCUGAUCGCUUCCUGCUUCGUCUCUUUCAUCUCCUCGUUUUGACUGUUUGUGAAACAGAAACGUGAGCCGCAGCCAGUCCAAGGAAAAAAAAAACCCCCCGAAAACUGUGAAUGUGAGACGUGAAGUGCACUUGUUUGAACGUUCAAUACAAACUUUCGCAA